UCAGACAGAGGCAGAAACAAAAAACAUUAUCGUAACUCAUCUAAUUUAUUUCGUUCCUUCUCUCUUUGGAGAGCUCGCUACUUUCGCUUCCACUUUCCCAAGCUGCAUGGCUUUUUUUCAUCUUGCUCAUAGCUAAUGCCCUCUUCUUUUCAGUUGAAGAAUGGAUAGCGGUGUAGGGUACAAAUUAACAGGGAUUAGGCAGAUAGUGAGGUUAAAGGAAAUGCUGCAGAAAUGGCAGAACGUGACUUUAGGGCAAAAAGCUUCGAUCCCCACCAUUUCUGAUCAAGUGCCUAAUAACGAUGGAAGUGGAUUGCCACUGAUAAACAAAAGGGUAGUGAAUAUUAUGAACACCGAAUCUGACACAGAAGAUAGCUGCCAAAGUCCUGAACCGCUUCCACCACCCGACGUUCCAAAGGGAUACUUGGCAGUGUAUGUUGGACCUGAGCUUCGAAGGUUCAUCAUUCCCACCACUUAUCUCAGCCACUCUCUCUUCAAAGUUUUGCUCGAAAAAGCUGCAGACGAAUUUGGCUUUGAUCACAGUGGAGCCCUCACCAUCCCUUGUGAAACUGAGACCUUCAAGUACCUACUCAAGUGCAUCGAGAAUCAGCAGAAAGACCAACUCAAUGAUAAAACUUCACAACCUGAAAGCUCGGGAACUGUGGAAGAGUAAGUAGUUUUCCAAUAUUUCUGCACCUACGUCCAAAAUCAUAGCCUGCCUCAAGGUGCAAACCUGGAUCUCCUUCCUAUACCAUUUUUUUUUUCUCAUUUCUUGUGCAUAUCAUUCUAGUUAGGAAUAUUUUCAAACACCUUGCACGCAGUUGUUAUUAAAACUCCAUUUAUUCUAUGUUUUGGUAAACACACUUUUCUAACUCAACUCGUUUUGUUUAUUCAUGUGGAUAUAUAUGGAACCACUCCAAUUUUUUUUUUUUUUUCACUAAACCAUUUAGGAAUGUCAAAAGCAGCAUUUUAUGGCCUAUAUCAUACGCAAAAGUUAAAUUAAAUCUAGCU